UGCUGUAUUUGGUAUUUAUUGUUCUAAUGACCAGUUCGAGAUAAGCCGAUCGGUAACCAUAUAAAUGUGGACGAAACAAACACUUUCCAGUAGUAUUUGCAUUGCCGCUGCGAAUACGUACGAAGGCAGAUAGAAAGCUGGCCAAUAUGAAAUUAAUCGCGUUUGUACUUUUCUCCUUUCUGAUUGGAACACUGGUCGGGGCAAUCCCUCGUGGGCCGAGUGAGGUGUCACCGGAGGAUGAAUUGGAACAAUGGGAGAAAAGAGAUGUCCUGGCAGAUUUUGCGAACGAAAUCAAGGAAGAAUCAGGGAGUCUAUCGCUUCUCUCAAAAAGAUCUAUACCCUGGGAGGCUGUCAACAAUAUAUCGAACAUCAUCGAACCUUUGCGCGAUCAACUUAGAAACGUGACGUUUGACGAACUAAUUCAAGUUCUUGAGAAUUUAAUUACAAAUUCUACAAAUAAUACUUCUCCAGAAAUUCGGCAAAUAAUAAGAGGGAUACUAGACUUACCGUUACUUGGCAACAUCAUAAAUGCUAGUGUAGCUGUAGCAGGCCUUUCAGCUGAUAUCGUUGCAGUUGCAUUCGCUAUAAUUAUUAGAGUGAUCGUAAUAUUACCACAAUCUCCAAUCCCAAUUCCUCCAAUCCCAAUUCUUCCAAACCUAAUUCCUCCAAACCCAAUUCCUCCAAACCCAAUUCCUCCAAACCCAAUUCCUCAAAUUCCAGUUCCUCGAAUUCCAAUUCCUCGUCCUCUACAACCAUUUCUCCGUCCAUUUACAAUUCCUCCGUUCAUUUGAUAAAAUGCCCCAUGCACUUACAUAUAAACAUGCAAUAAUGUAUAUAUUUUAAAAUAAAUAAAUUAGCAUCUGCAGAAUAAACUAACUAAAUAAAUCUA